CCGAACUUUCCGCCGGCUCGCUUGCAACGAUACUGCCCCCUUCCGCAUCCGACGCAUGUAUGUGAUGAGUCCAGCACAACAGCCUCUCUCCCUUAUCCUUUCCUAGCCUAUCUUUUCCCUUUUUCUUCUUCCUCCAGCCACACACAAAUGGGCUUUGCUCCUCCUUCUUCCUCCAGCCAUGACGGGCUCUGCUCCUCCUUCUUCCUCCAGCCAAUAGGAGCUCUGCUCCUCCACAAGCUUUUUUGUCGCGAGCGUCGGUAGAGACCAGCGGUGGUGAGGAAAACAGGUGGGGGCGUACAAGCGCUGCACGACCCAGGGGUUGGGGGCGGCUGCCAUGACCUCCAGUCUGGGUGGUGGCGGAACCACCACAAGUUCUCACCGGCGAGGCGGCGACGACGUGCUCGAGCAUGAGAAGCCUCCCCACCAUGCUACAAGCUUCAAACGCCAAGCAGGUGUUGCAACCAGCAGCAGGAUUUGCUGGAACCGGCCGGUGGAGGUGUUGGAACCGGCUUUGGCGCGGUGUUGCAUCCUCCACCAGAGAUGUUGGUACCGCCUUCGCGGUGUGCUGGAAACGGCAAACCAAUUGCUAUAGUGGGGCGAAGGCAUUGUCCAGUCGACCGGCGACGUGCUACAACGAGACGAGAUUUUUUUUGCUGGAACGAGAAUUGCGACAUCAGGUAGAAGAAGCAAGCGAGUGCAGGUGGUGCUGGAAUGGGGGUCAUCAGAUGCUGGAACCGUCAAGUUUUUUUGCUACAACCAGCGAGCUUUUUUGUUGUGUCCGGCCACCGUUGAUGCUUGAGCGAGAUGUUGCCGACACGGCGACGAAGCAUUUUUGUUGGAACCAGCUAGAUAUUUUGCUACGACCAUCUCCCAUUUUUGCUACGGACGACAAUCGAGGCGACGUACACUGCGAGCUUGCCGACGGGUGUUGCUGCCGGCGACUCGUCGCCACCGGAGUUGCGACCAUCACCACUAGAGCUGUAACCCCGUGAUACGCUGCUACAUUCACGGAGCCGGCGAGGAAUGCAAGAGGCGACGAAGGUGGGUGGUGUUUUGCGAGUGCCGGCGGCGGUGAGGCUGCGAGCACUGGCGACGAGCAGGGGCGGUGGCACCGGCGGAGAUACAGCAAGGCCGGAUGGGUCGUGGCCCGCCCAGGAUUGAAGGGGACAAAAGUUUUAUAAGAAGCCCAGCCCAUAACAUUGCACUGGUUUUCAGUUUGGUAGCACACUUUGCAGUCUCUGGCUCGCUCCUUUUUAUGGUAGCUCCGCCACUGGGCAGUGGUGGUCCAAACGAGAGCAUCGUGGGCCAGCGAUGUGUGGGAUCCGGCGAGCGGCGGCGGCGCUCGUUUUUUUCUCCUAUUUUUCCUUCCUGAGGCAGGAUGAAGAAAGGGGAGGCAGGGUCAAAUCUGACGGUUACCUGCGGAUAGAUCGAGCGGCUACAGGCUGACCGGCCCAAAUUUGGGCCGGCGCCGGGGCCUAAAGCUCGCCUUAAAAAAAAGGAUGAAAGUCAUCGCCGAACACGAUUGGUAUGUAACCUGGAACGUAAGUUGUCAAGUAACACGAUUCAAAACAGCCUGGAUACGUGCGUGGGUUGUGCCUUUGGCCGGCGGCAAAUCGACUAGCUAGUAGGAGUACGACCUUGCUACGUUGCUUAGUACGGUACGGGUUCAAGUCAGCUUCUCGGCAAGAAGCGGGAUCAAAGUCAGUUUGCUUCUUCACGUCGUCGUCCGGAAGUAAUCGGUGCCGAUCGAGACUGGGCCAACAGGAGAUAAAACUGGAAGGUCCUCCAUAGUGCUAAGUUAGUCGUCUCUGUUUCGCGGAAAGGCAGUCCAGCCAUGGCGGCGGCGGUAGCGACGGCCGGCAGCCAGGAGGACAUGCUCGGCAAGCUGCCUGACGACAUUCUUCUCUGGAUCCUAAUCCGUCUUGAUUCACAAGACGUCGUAAGCUGCAGUCGCGCAAGCAGACGGUUGAGGCACCUCCCCGGUUUGCCUCCUAUUAUUUCCCUGAGCGUGAAGGACUACAUGUACGGCCGCUACGUGCAGCACAAGGACGACGACGGGUUUGAGGCGGUUUUGUCGAUAAAGUGCAGGAACAACAAGGCUUGGAGCACCACGGCCAUGGUGCAAUCCGUCAGGAGCAUCUUGGCAGGCAAGAACCAGCUUGGGUGCGCCGCCAUCCAUCAGCUCCACCUGACCUUCUACCUGAGGGACGAGUCCAUCGACAUCGUCCGCGCCGUCGAGGGAGCCAUCGCGCGCGGCCGCGGCAUCGUCGGCAGGGCGGGGUUCACGAUGCUGGGCGAGAAGAUCACCUACACGAGCGAGGUGACGGACCUGGUCGCGCAGGGAGCGCGCCUCCUCUCCUACCUCGGCGCCUGCCCGCGCGCGUUCGCCGCGCUCACACACCUGCACGUGGAGAGCGUCAAGCUGAGGCAGCCCGACGUGUCCAACCUGCUCGACCGCUGCAAGAAGCUGAAGCACCUGUCUCUGCAGAACCUUGAUUGUGGGAAAGAGGUGGUGCUGAGGAUCCAACACCCGGAGCUCACCCAGCUGAAGCUUGUCAUGUGCUUCUGUGACAGCUUCGAGCUCAAGUGGCUUCCGGAGCUAGAGGAGCUCACCAUUGGCACCUGGUGUCCUUCCAAGCGCCGAGACCCGGUGCUGUUCGGCCAUGCUCCGCGGCUUUCCAAGCUAACGGCCUGUAACGGCUAUAAUACCAGGUGCAGGAAACUCAAGCUGAGCGAGUUUCUUCGCGACGCAAACAUGCGUGAGCUGCAUAUGAACUUCGACACCGAAAUGCCAUGGUUUCAGAUGGAGCGACCAGAGCAACUGGCUCCUCGGCUGAAAAACCUGAGGAUUCUGAAGCUCGACAACAUCAAUGAAGAAUGCAGCGUCACUUGGACACUGUUCCUGCUGGAAGCUGCGCCUCUCUUGGAGAAGCUCCACAUCAAGGUGUCGAACCACGAGUGUGAAUCCUUUGAGGAUGAGAUGCUAAGGAAACUUCUGGUCGUCGCGACAAGUAACAUCGAGUUCGAACCAUCUGACUUCAAGCAUUAUAAGCUGGCCGUGCUCACCAUCUACGGCUUUCAGCCCGGCGAUAUGUUCAUGCAGUAUAUGAGACGGGUGAUGGAAGCGGCUGUCAAUUUGGAAGAGAUAUCUCUGCAUGACCACUGGUGCGAAGAGUGCGACUUUUAUCCAUUGACAAGGUAUCCCAAGACCGACCAAGACAGAGAAUUGAUACGGGAGGAGAUCAAUAGAGGGAGGCCGUCCCCUAUGAGGACCAUCCAAGUUUUAUUCAGUGAUAACAAGUAUAGAACCGAUGAUUGACCGUAUGUCCGUAUCACUGCGACCCUGCAUGACUUGUUGCAACUUCCUAAAUUGUCGUCUGGUGUAGCCUUUUUUAUAUUGAUUGACUGAACUUGUGUUUGUUCUUGGUACAGAUCAACUCAUAGGAAAUUAUACUUUACUGGUCUUUUUUAUUGUUUAUUACAAUAAAGUUUUUUAAUAGUCA